GUCGACAACAUGGAGCAUGAGGUCAUCCUUGAGGUGGCUGAGGCGUGUAUCUUCCGGGCCACCACCCACCAUUCGGACGGCGUGGACGUGUUCAUCGCUCUCAAGAAGGCCGACGACGUGUCGGGCGCCAGGGUGUGCCAGACCUCCAAGCAUCCGGGCCCGGUGCCGCGGCAGAGCAUCUUCUGCUUGCUGCAGCCCGGCCGCUACUCGCUGAUCUUCUUCGCCGACUACCCCCUCGGAGGCCUGCACCCCUGCAGCGACUUCUUCGUCCAGAGCGGCGUCGCACCCCGGCGAAGAGGAUGCCACCAAGAAGUGCAUCCGCGCUGCGACCGACCUCACCUCCUUGACCGUCGCCCACCCCGACGGGGAUCACGUCACCACGCCGAAGUGGAAGGCCAUCAGGGUGCCGAUCAGCUUCCUGCCGACCGCGAGCAUGGAGAACGUCUGGAGCGAGGCCGUCACCGUCACCGAAGAGAUGGCGCAUAA